AUGACCCUCCGUCUCGUGUCAGCUCUGCCAUCGUUCUCUCUCUUCACUUGCCGCGCCACUGCCUCCACCGCCCUCCCUCCGCCGACGCCGACGCCCGCUUCUUCAAUUCCUCAGUCCCCGCCUUUAACGUGCGCACUUCACUGUCCGCACUUCCAAUCGUGUUCGGGGUGCACGCACGAGUUCAACAUUCACUGUCCGGUUAUAUUGGACGACGCCACCGAUUUCUUUCGGAAACACGGUGUCUCCGACUUCACAUUUGACACGUGCAAACUGUGGGGUUGGAGGUGCCGUGCGAAAUUGGCCGUGCGUGGCUCUUCCACGGAGCCUCUUAUUGGGCUCUAUGAAGAGGGUACUCAUAACGUAGUUGACAUUCCACAAUGCAAAGCUCAUCAUCCUAAUAUUAAUGCUGCUGUGGAGCUGCUAAGACAAGGUAUUACUGAAUUAGGUGUCGGGCCAUAUAUUGAAGAUAAAGGUACUGGUGAUUUGCGAUAUGUGCAGAUGGCGGUGACGACAUAUAAUACAUCUCUUCCUGCUGCUGAAAGAUACAUGAAUGGGAAAGUUCAGAUUACAUUGGUUUGGAAUUCAAGAAAUGAAAAUUCACCUGGUUUUGACAAACUGAAUGCAUUAGCAAAUUUUCUAUGGAAAAAUGGUGGGCCACGGAGUAGGCUUCAUUUAAUUCACUCUGUGUGGGCCAACUUUCAGACCUCUACUAACAAUAUAAUUUUUGGGAAUAGAUGGAGACAUCUUCUUGGAGAAAGAGAUUUCUGGGAACAUGUUGGUGGAAUUGAUGUAUCCUUGGCACCGUGUAGUUUUGGCCAGGCAAACACAAGGGCUUUCGAUACCUUGCUGCGGAAGUUACAGAAAUAUGUUCCAUAUGAAUCUUCUGUUGCUGAUUUAUAUGCUGGAGCUGGGGUCAUUGGGUUGUCAUUAGCCGCCACAAGAAAGUGCAGGCAAGACCUGGAUGAUUCUGAACCUCUAAAAUGUUGA